ACUUCUGAUUUUUCAGAACCAUUGUUUCAGGCUUGUAUGGUUGAAUAGAAUAUCUCAACUUACUUUAUUUUAAUAGUUCAAUGAAACAAAAUACGGAGUAGUAGUAUUGAUGAGUGUCAGAGUCGCAUUCAUUUGGUGGAAUCGUUGUAACAAAAAAUAACAAUACACGCGUAGCGUAGCAAGCGGAUAAGGUCUCGCGCGCACACACCACCAUGUGCACGUUAGAGAAACGCGGCAACAUCUUCAUCCUAACCCUAACCGGCGACGCCGACGAGCACCGGCUAAAUCCGACCCUCAUCGCCUCUCUCCGGUCUGCUCUAGCCCAAGCCGAGUCUCAGUCGACUCGCGGCUCCGUCUUAAUCACCACAGCCCAAGGCAAGUUCUUCUCCAACGGCUUCGAUCUCAAGUGGGCCCAAGCCGAAGCCGUCGACGGAUCGCCCUCGGGCUUCAACGAGAGACUCCACCACAUGGUCGAGCUCUUCAGGCCCUUCGUCGCCGAUCUGCUGUCGCUCCCGAUGCCGACGAUCGCCGCCGUGACCGGCCACGCCGCGGCGGCUGGGUUUCUGCUGGCGAUGAGCCACGAUUACUUCCUGAUGAGGAGCGAUAGAGGCGUGCUGUACAUGAGCGAGCUCGACCUAGGGAUGACUUUCCCGGACUACUUCAUGGCGAUGAUGAGGUCGAAGGUGGUUUCCGCGGCGGCGAGGCGGGACGUGCUGUUGAGAGCCUCCAAGGUGAAGGCGGAGGCGGCUGUGGCGAUGGGGAUUGUGGACUCGGCGCACGAUAGCGGGGAGAGGGUGGUGGAGGCUGCGGUGCGCCUGGGGGGUGAGUUGUCCAAGAGGAAGUGGAAUGGUCAGGUGUAUUCGGAGAUACGGAAGGCGUCUUAUCCGGAGAUAUGUGGCGUGCUGGGAUUGGCCAGCAAGCCUGUAGUAUUAUCUCGGCUUUGAGAUAUGUAUGGGAUGAUGUGUCAUAUAUGGCGAUUGGUCGGAACAUCAAAUCAUGUAAUAAUUUCUGAAUAUGUAAAAAAAUGUUUUGCUAUGUUUGUGGCAAAAAAACAAAAAAACAAAAAAAUUCACCUAUGUACAAGUUUGUGUGUUUAAUAUGAAAUGAAAUAAUUUCACGUUCUUUGGUUGAAAAAUAA